AUGCAAAGGACUCAAGUUCAUACCGUUAGAUCAGGUCUAAGACCUGUUAGAGUUGGAGUUCCUCAAGGAUCUUUGCUUGGCCCUAGACUGUUUGCUACUUAUGUUAAUGCCCACCGUUUGCUACUUAGGUUAAUGCCCUUCAUAGGUCCUAUGAAACCUCUGAAGUGGGGCGACGACAUCAUUCGGUAUGUUUCCUCCUCUGUGUGCCUCGGAGAUACAAUCGACAACAAAUUAUCCUGGUCUCAGCAUAUCAAACUAACUUGUUCUUCCUUCCACAUGAAAGUUAAAAUGCUGAGACGUAUAAGUUUUCUGCCCAAAUCUAUUUUAGAAACUAUUUACUUUAAGACAGUAAUCCCAAGUGUCUUGUAUCGAAUUGUGAUAUGGGGGUCUGGCACCAAGCUUAGAGAACUAGAAGUGAUACGUAUUAGAACUACUAGUCUGAUACAUAAGUUACCAAAAUGUAUGAAGGAUGAUGAUGUAUUGGCAAGAGUUGGGUGGAUGCCUCUUGAGUAUUUCUAUAAGUUUCGUAUUGUAACUAUUACUCACACGGCAUUUUAUGGCUUGGGCUUAAAUGAAGUAAAUUCCUUGGUUGUUAAGAGCUCUUCUAGUUAUGAUCUUAGAAAAUCGCAAAAUAUUUUAAUUGAUAGAUCUAAUACUGAACUUGGCCAUGGUUCUUUUGCACACAGGGCAGCAAUUGCAUGGAAUUCAUUACCGGAUAAUUUAAGACACUUUUCCAAUCCAAUUACCUUUAAAAACAGGCUUAAAAAGGCAAAAAAUAAUGUUGUAAAUAAAAAUUUUGGAAAGGGGGGUGGCUCUGUUGUUCAUAAUAAGAAUUCAAAUUUCUACUAUUUCUGA